AUGUCUCCCAAAUACAUUAAACGAAUCACAUUGUUCAAGGUCCCCAAGGAGGAGGACAUUGACGCCAUUAUAGCGGAAUAUGAAGUGCUGCGGGCCACGGCUCAAAAGGAUGGAGCCCCGUAUAUUGUCGCCAACGAGGCGAGUCGCGUCCUCAACACAUCAGAGGAACGAAGUCAGGGAUAUACGUUGAUCGCGGUGACCACGUUCAAGUCAAAAGAAGAUUUCGAUUAUUAUGACAAGCAAUGCCCUUCGCAUAAGCGGCUGAGAGAGUUUAUCGCCCCUAGACGGACCGGCUACGCGAUGCUUCAACAUGAGAGUGAACUGGGUCCUUAA